UCAAAACCUCUUAAAUAGCAUUAUGUCAAACACGCAAAAGGAAUACGAUUUGAUCAUCUAUGGUGCUACUGGGUAUUCUGGAACCAUCACGGCAGAAUAUUUGGCCAGAAGACCGAAUGUCAAUGCCAAAUGGGCGGUCUCAGGUAGAAGUGAAGACAAAUUAAAAGCACUUGUUUCGAACCUAUCGAAAAUUUGCAACCAAUCUAUUGACUAUUUCGUAGUCGACUCAGAUCACUACGACCAGGUACUUCAGUUAGCAUUAAAGACCAAAGUACUUUGCUCGUUUGUAGGACCCUAUCGAAAAUUCGGCGAGCCAGUGGUGAAAGCUUGUGUAGAAGCCUCAACAGAUUAUAUAGACGUAACAGGCGAACCUCCUUAUAUCCGUGACGUUAUUCAAAAAUAUGACAAGAUGGCAGCCGAUCGUCAAGUUUACCUGCUCCCUGCUUGCGGCAUAGGCUCUUUGGUGACUGAUGUAGCAGUCGAAAUGCUGAAACAAGAAUUUGACAAGGAAUCUAAAGUUGUUCAAGCAAGUACAUAUGUUAGAUGUAAUGGUAAACAUGCUAAGUCCUUUUCUAAUGGAACAUGGCAUACAAUGGUCUAUAGUAUGGCAAAUAAAGACGUAACUUUGCCUACCCCUCGUACCUCGAGCUCUGAAAGACCAAAAGCUAGCAAAUCUCAUCGCGCAAGUUGUCAUUAUUAUCAACCACUAAGCUGUUUUGCUAUCCCGUUUGUUGAGGGUGCUGAUUUAAUGAUCAUCAAACUGACAAAUCAAAAAAAUGAGCCUACGACAGGGUCGCCUGAAUUCUCGUACUCUCAGUAUAUUCUGGUACCUCGGUUCCCACCUCUCUGGCUUUUGUGGACUAUUUUUAUCAUGAUCAUAGUCAUGUACUUCUCCAAGUUCGAAAUAGUGCGCAAUCAGCUGUUGAAGCACAGUAAUCCCAGCGGAGGGCCAAGUAAAAGUGAGCGUGAAAACUGCUCUAUAGAUAUAUGGGUUGAUGGCAAAGAUGCAGCGGGACAUCAAAAAAGGUUACGCAUUCACUGUCCCGGACCGUACGAUUCAACUGGCAUUGCCUGUGCAGAAGCAGCUCUAAUCAUGGCCACUGAUCGAGAAAAUAUGAAAAAAGACUAUGGACUCAUCACUCCAGCCUCUUCUAUGUUCGAUCAACUUAAACACUCAUUGAGGGAAUAUGGAAAGAUGACGUAUCAUAUCGAAGACAAGACAAAAUAAUGUCAUAACUUUGUGUUUAUUUUUGUUGUCAUAUUGUACCAUCUCAAGACAACGAAGAUAAUCCCAACACCCCUUUAAUGAGAUGAAACGCUUUUCUUACUAUUAUUUUGUCAAUGAUUAAUAUACUUUCUGAUAUUAACAUAAUGCUGUUCUACCAUAAUAACAUUCACAGCAUGUAAGUGCCAUCAGCACCCAUAUGCUAGACUGUGCUAUAGCAAUUGUCAUAAAAUAACUCACAAUAACACUUUAGAUGGUUUUUGCCUUAUGUUACGCUUUUGGCCGGUAUUGCAUCUUUCAAUCAUGCUCUCAGCGAGACUGGAUUAAAUUUUAGAAUAUUACAAAUGAAACAGCUUGGAUGCGUGCUUUGAAGCAAAUAUAAAUUUACUAAAACAGGCGUUUAACUACGAAAAGUAAAUUAAUCUCUGCCAGUAGUUUUGCAUUUUAUGCAGUGCCUGACAACGGCUUCUGUUGAUUCUGUGAAGAUCAUGAAUAUUUCGAA